GCGAUGAUGCAUUUCACAGCAAGGACAGUAACACAUUUGGACCGGUACCAUUAGGCUUGAUCAAUUCCAAAGUAACAUGGAUACUAUGGCCAUUUUCACGAUUCGGUAGAGUUCCACAUAUCGAAAAACCGGGACGUGUUUCCGUAUUUUUAGGGGAUGUCAAUCUUUUAGAUAUUUUUGACAUAGAUGAUUGA